AUGAGAACUGUUGCUGAAAAAGUAGUGUUUGCACAACUGAUUCAACGUCAACCACGACAACUACAGCAGUAUAGUGGAAUUACACCAUGUAUACUACAAGCAUCGAAUGGAUAUUCGCUAAGUUGGUCUGCAGAUACCGCUGGUUCAGUUACAUUUCACUACACUCAUCCAAAUUAUCCAACUAAUGGCAAUUACUGGACCGGUGUGGCAUUCGGAGAUCCUUCUGAAGGUCCUGCCGAUGCCAUUAUUGUCGAAAUCAAUAACGGACAAACUGUUACUGUAUCUUCAGCCUCCCUUAUUGAUAGUCGAUUGGAGAAGAGCUAUCCGAACAUUGCAGCAACGUCGAACCAAAGUAUAUCUUAUGGAAAUGUUGAAAUCGCUUUUACAAGACCACUGUAUCACGGCGGCAAAUCGCUUGAUGUAUGCAGCACAUGGAGGUUUUAUACUCAACCGACUCAAUUACUGUACACUAUCAGUUACACCUAUCCGGAAACACCAAUGAUGCAAACAGUUUGUGCCAUCUCGACCACUUGUCAGAGAUAUGCAGCUACAAACGGUUAUACCGCAGUACCCGGUGGUUCUUUAGCGAUGUCAGAUUAUCAAAGCGGAACAACGAAGACUUCCGGCUACACUGUUACGCCAUCAAAUACACCAUCAUAUAAUAACGUUUACGGCGGCAGUUCUACUAUUUCGCCUUAUUCCACCUUAUAUAAUCAACCGACAAGCCCAUAUUCCAGCAACAACUAUAGUACAACAACUGCUCCACCAUAUAAAUAUACUACAGCAACACCGUAUCCAUACAGUUCCGGUAGUCAGUCAUACAGUCAAACUUACUACAACCCAGCUAGCUCCGGCGCUGGAACAAACAUUUACGGUUAUAAUUACGACAAUUCUGUAACUUCUUCACCACCGCUGGUGCAAAAUGAAAAUUACCAAUAUGUUGACACCCAAACACAACAACGUUAUCUUCAAAAUAGAUAUUCAGGUGAUGCGUACUCCGGUGCUGGUAAUUCGCUGAUGUACGACAGCGGUCUUACUGCACCAGUCCUGAGCGAUGACCAACAAAAUCAGGCAAACUACCAGAGAAUUCUUUCGGAUUAUCGACGUAACCCGACACCAAAUGCAUACUUAGCAAAUUCAAACAACAUUUAUGGUUAUGACUAUACAUCUGGAAGUUACGGAACAACUCCAUCAAGUGUUAGGUACACAAAUGCCUAUAACGCCGGUUACAGUUCUACAAUAUCACCUUACAGCUCCUAUUACACAGGACUGUCUACGUAUAAUCCGCAGUACUCAAGUUUGUCAUCUUCAAGAACAGCUUACAGCAGUUUAGGAGUGAACACUGCUAACGCACGGUAUUAUCAGCCUUCUUUAAGUUCGCUGUCGAUGUUUACCACAACUCCGGACCCAUACAAUGUUCCAAGAGCUGAAUCGUUCCUGAAUCGACAGUUCGAUCCAGCUGUCAAUGGAGGACCAUAUUGGCCAUACAGAACCUCAUAUGAAGUUGUUCAACCAAACUCUGGUAGCUACUAUCAGGCAACACUCCAUAACAAAAAAUAA